AUGCCCCAUCAAGAGCAAGUGGCAGCCCACGGGAACCUGUGCGCCCCGGGUGCCCCGAACAGCGCCGCGUACAGCGCCGGCACUGUGCCCGUGAUCACCCAGACUGACUCCCGCGACAAAUGGAGCAAAAAGAUAGACUUUCUCCUUUCAGUGAUUGGCUUCGCUGUGGACCUCGGCAACGUUUGGAGGUUUCCUUAUAUUUGCUAUCAAAACGGUGGAGGCGCGUUCCUCAUCCCCUACACGCUCAUGACCAUUUUUGGAGGAGUCCCGCUUUUCUACAUGGAGCUCGCCCUGGGCCAGUUUCACAGGACCGGCGCCAUCUCUAUAUGGAAACAUAUCUGCCCCAUAUUCAAAGGCAUCGGGUUGGCCAUCUGCAUCAUCGCGCUGUACGUGUCCUUCUACUACAACACCAUCAUUGCCUGGGCACUCUUCUACCUCUACUCGUCCUUCAGCAGCACGCUGCCCUGGACCAGCUGCGACAACACGUGGAACACAGACAACUGCACCAAUUACUUCGGCAAGGACAACGUCACGUGGACCAACUACUCCCGCUCGCCCGCUGAGGAGUUUUAUACGAGGAACGUCCUGGAGCUGCACGAGUCGUCGGGCCUGGAGAAUGUAGGCGUGGUGCGUUGGCAGCUGAUGCUCUGCCUCUUCCUCAUCUUCACCAUCGUCUACUUCAGCCUGUGGAAGGGUGUCAAGACGUCGGGGAAGGUGGUGUGGGUAACCGCUACCCUUCCCUAUGUGGUGCUGUUCAUCCUGCUGAUCCGUGGGGCAACGUUACCAGGAGCCUGGAGAGGCGUGGUCUUCUACCUGCAGCCCAAAUGGGAGAAGCUCCAGGACACAAGUGUGUGGGUGGACGCCGCCGCUCAGAUCUUCUUCUCGCUGGGGCCGGGCUUUGGCGUCCUGCUCGCCCUGUCCAGCUACAACCCCUUCACCAACAACUGCUACAGAGAUGCCAUUGUGACCAGCCUGGUGAACUGCCUGACCAGCUUCAUGUCAGGGUUCGUAAUCUUCACUGUGCUGGGCUACAUGGCUGAACAGAGACACGUCAGUGUGGAGGAUGUGGCCAAAAACAAAGGGCCGAGCCUUCUCUUCAUCACCUACCCAGAAGCCAUUGCAAACAUGAUGGGCUCCACAUUCUUUGCUAUUAUCUUCUUUGUAAUGAUGAUUACAUUGGGAUUGGACAGCACGUUUGGCGGCCUGGAGGCCAUAAUCACCGCAGUAAUGGACGAGUACCCAGAUUUCCUGUCUCACAGACGAGAGAUGUUUGUGUUGGGACUGGUGGUCGUGUGCUUUUUGGGAUCUCUCAGCACCCUUACUAAAGGAGGGGCGUAUGUGGUAAAGCUGCUGGAGGAAUUCGGAGUUGGCUCCUCCAUAAUCGCUGUGGUCUUUCUGGAGGCCACCGCCGUCUCCUGGUUCUACGGCAUCAACAGAUUCAGCAGUGACAUCAAAGCCAUGCUGGGCUACACCCCUGGAAUCUUCUGGAAGGUGUGCUGGGUGGCUAUUAGCCCAGCCUUCCUAGCUUACAUCAUCAUCAGUUCCCUGCUGAAUCCCACCCCACUGACGCUCUUCGACUACGAGUUUCCCCACUGGAGCAUCACGGUGGGCUACAUCGUCGGUGCCUCCUCCUUCAUGUGGAUCCCUGUGUACAUGGUGUACAAGCUGGUAUGGACCCCCGGCACUCUGAAGCAGCGUCUGGCUGUUUGCCUGCGGCCCGAGAGAACCCUACCAGACAGUCACACAGACUCGCUGGGUUUGACUCCCAUACCUUAG